UAGAGAGCAAGCACAUAUAAAAAUCUCCAAGGUAUCUUGAUUUGCUCGGCAGCUCACCAAUGAAGGUUAGCUCUCCAAGGGACUCGUAGAUACAUUUAUUGAAGACCUGGAGCCUGUUUCUGAGAGCCAAUGCAAAAGGAUCCUAAACUGUGAACCUUGAAGACAGCAGCUUGGGCAUACUUUGACAUUCCAAAGAAGAACUGACCAUCAUAAGAAGGAAUAUUUGUGAAGAGUACUGCAGUUCCAGAAAGAGGCACCAAGCAAACAUUCCUAGAGAAACAUGGAUGGAGCUGGAAAUUUGACAGUAUCUUCUUCCAGUAAUAACACGUGCCAUGACACUAUUGAUGACUUCCGCAAUCAAGUGUAUUCCACCUUAUACUCUAUGAUCUCUGUUGUGGGUUUCUUUGGCAAUGGCUUUGUGCUCUACGUCCUCAUAAAAACAUAUCAUGAGAAAUCAGCCUUUCAAGUAUAUAUGAUUAACUUAGCUGUAGCAGAUCUCCUGUGUGUGUGCACAUUGCCUCUCCGUGUGGUCUAUUAUGUUCACAAAGGCAUUUGGCUCUUCGGAGACUUUUUGUGCCGCCUCAGCACCUAUGCCCUAUAUGUUAACCUCUACUGUAGCAUCUUCUUUAUGACAGCCAUGAGCUUUUUCCGAUGUGUUGCAAUUGUUUUCCCAGUCCAAAACAUUAAUUUGGUUACACAGAAAAAAGCCAGGUUUGUGUGUGUUGGCAUUUGGAUUUUUGUUAUUUUGACUAGUUCUCCAUUUUUAAUGGCCAAAUCUUACAAAGAUGAAAAAAACAACACAAAGUGUUUUGAGCCUCCUCAGGACAAUCAGGCCAAAAAUCAUGUUUUGAUUUUGCAUUAUGUGUCAUUAUUCAUUGGCUUCAUCAUCCCUUUUGUUAUUAUAAUUGUCUGCUACACGAUGAUCAUUUUGACCUUACUAAAAAAUUCUAUGAAGAAAAAUUUGUCAAGUCGUAAAAAGGCUAUAGGAAUGAUCAUAGUUGUGACAGCUGCCUUUUUAAUCAGCUUCAUGCCAUAUCAUAUUCAACGCACAAUCCACCUUCAUUUUUUACACAAUGAAACUAAACCUUGUGAUUCUGUCCUUCGAAUGCAGAAGUCAGUGGUCGUAACCUUGUCUCUAGCUGCAUCAAAUUGUUGCUUUGACCCUCUUCUAUAUUUCUUUUCAGGGGGGAACUUUAGGAGAAGGCUCUCUACAUUUAGAAAACAUUCUUUGUCCAGCAUGACUUAUGUACCCAAGAAGAAGGCCUCCUUUCCAGAAAAAGGAGAAGAAAUAUGUAAAGAAGAAUUUAAACCCAUAUCCAGUGUAAACCAAUGAAGAGUUUCCCAAACAUUUUCUAAAAUCAUUUACAAUAAAAAUAAAAAUUUCCAUUAACAAUUU